CACUGUACUCAUGAGUGACUCCAUCUAGGUGUGGAGCCUUCCGCGAAGAUUACAACAUAAAUUCAGUGUGGAGGGUUGCUACAUCCCGUUCGAGUGCAAGACCAACAGAUUUCCCAGUCGAUUAGACGGCAGUGAGCAUCAUCUUGUAUCACGUGUUUGUAGCAAUGAGGAAAGCGCUGACUAGGUCCAUUGGUGUAUACCAUGGGCGAAAGGAAGGUGCUCUCCGGCUUUAUGAUCGCAAGACAGCGGAUCUGAUUCUCGCUGCAGUCCUGCGAGGUGAGGCAUCCGUGAGUUCCACUGAGUUAUCUGGUCGUCCAGUGUUUGACCUCAAGAAUAUGAAGCAGCGAAGUUUGAAUUCGAAAGAAGAAGAAGACAUAGUGAUUGAAAUUUCGUGGAGUCCCGAAAGCCUCAAACUUGCGGAAGCUUUCAGCGAGAAUCCUUCUACACGUAGGAAGAUUCUGGAGAUGGCCAUACUCCGGAUCACCGAGGAGAAGUCGCUAAGCAAAGUUUUGGACUCGAUGGGGUUGUCGUCGCGCAGUAUCCGAAUACGCCCGAAUCCAUACUUAGGCCGAGGGCAUGUGCCUUUUGACAAUUUUGUUUCUUCUCUCGAGAACGACACCUUAGCCCACUUGCUUUUAGAUGCAGUUUUACAGCUAGCGAGCAACCCUUCGUUCAGCGCCAUACGUAGGCUUAAAAUAAGGGGUCUUUAUAUUCUCUAUCAUGGCACAAAACACAGCGUCAUGGACAACAUAUUAGAAACUGGACUGCUUCCAAGUUUUCGUCAGGCGGGGAGGAUGCAAGAUUGGUUUGGCGUACAUUAUACUACGAGUCUUGAUUACACCCAUUCAAAAAACAACAUCUUGAUGAUUUCGGCACAUGAUUGUAGAGGGUGUAAGCUUCUCCUAUUUAUGGUCUUGCUGCCUACUACCUACUGUGGUAGAGGAGGUGUGGCGACGAGUUCUGUCAGUGCGAACCAACUUCCCCUCGCCGAACUUACCCUGCUCUGAGUGGGUCUAGCAAAAGACAGGUUUGACAGGGCAAUUUGGUGCGGUCAGCUGUGGUGAAUUGAAAGUGAAAGCGUUUGAUAGAACGGCCUUCAACAUUCCAAACUGCUCAUCGCUUGUUCCGAUUUUAAUUGUUGGAGUCCUUGCACGCGAAUUUCACGUCGAAGUCGAGAAUUUUGUGGCAUUUAACCUUCAGGAGGGCAACGGAAGCUCGACCAGAGCAAGGGGGACAUACUACGCAUCCGAAGAUCUUGGAAGAAUGUCGGAUCACUUGAAGCAGGUUUCCACAGUCUUAAGUUUCUCUUCAACCUAUAUCGUGCCUGCAAUCCUGGAUGAAGAAGCAAAUCCAUCCAUCGGAGUGGCGUUUCUCUUCGUUCAAGGAAGUUCCUUUCAUAUUUCAGGUACCUUUCCUCAGCAUAUAAAGGAAAGAAUCAGGAGUUAAUGUUAAUGGUGCUUUGACGCAUGUCAAUGGCGAUGAAGAUGGUCGUUCUCAGUCACCGAGGUUAUAUUAUUCUGGUUCCACACAGUAAUCGAUGAUAGGAAACUAAAUACACUUUAAUGCGGCUGAUUCUCAAUGAGCAAACGUGUCGUGAGCCACCGAUCCGUCUUCUCACGACUGACUGACGAGGAUAGAGAUUGAAAGGCAGCAGCACCUUAGAUGAUGCACAUGGAAGUGAGGGUUUUUAGGGCAUCUUUCAACAGACGAGAGCAAACCGAGCAUAGAUCCAGAUGGUGAUGUAUUGUGAUUAGCAUGCGACGGGCUUAACUGCAGGUGUAGACGUGGAUCAUAUUUACAUCCUCCACUCUGAUAAUAGGUUUGAGGGUUCGACGGUCACGGUUUGAAGGAUCGAUUAGCUGUGUGAUAAUUUCCUUUGCUAAGAGAAAAUCGGGAUCACUUGCGAUAAGGCAGUUCCAUUUGGACGUCGAGAGGUCUGAAAUUAUCAUGUUUCUGGAAAGUCGGUGUACUCUACUGCAUUACAGUAACGCAACACAUGCACGGAUCUGCUAAGUACAUAGUCGUAUUUGCUAGGACAAUGCAAAUGACGUAGUACUUGUGUCCGUUCAAAUAGAUGUUUAUGAGGGUGGUCAACUGGUCUAUAAAUUCCAACUCAAGGUUAUCUCAAACUGCACAGACAUUAAUGGGAAAUGAUGUAACUUAGACAGA